AUGGCUCAGCAAUACUAUGAAGUCACAGAUCGACCUCUAAAUGCAUAUACAUACGGACGCACUUCUUAUCUUCCGGAUAACAAAAGCACCAGAGGGUUAUCUGAGCGGCAGAUUAACAUGAAACAGACGUUCGUGCACAGAGAGCGAGCUGCAAUUCCUUACCCUGUUGCUGAGAACACUGGGCCCCUGCACCUGAAAGGGCAGCUGCAACUGAGUCUUGCGUUCAAAGAGCUUCCGAGGGCUUUGACCCCGGUCUCCCACCAGGCCGGUAACCCUGGACCCCACAAGGGGCUAAAGCCACCAGGAACCCCAGCUAUUUUGGGGGGAUUUACUCCAGAGAAACUCGAAGGUCGCGGCCUCAUUCCCGCUCCUCCUGCCAGCCUUCCUGGCCGGCGGGAGUAUAAAAGCCCCGCGCUGCAGCCACGGCGUCAGUCGUCUCGCAGCGCACCCAUCACUAACAUGACUCGAGUUCUCUUCACCGUCGUGGUCCUGUCCCUCGUGGUCGCCUUGGCCGCCGCCGGUGGAUUUGGCGGGGACACGGAGGCGGAUUUGGCGGUGGACACGGAGGCGGAUUUGGCGGUGGUGGAUUCGGAGGAUCUGGAGGCUAUGGAGGCAGAGGAUUUGGAGGUGGACAUGGAGGCUUCGGAGGAGGAUUCGGAGGCGGUCACGGAGGAUUCGGAGGCGGUCACGGAGGAUUCGGAGGCGGUCACGGAGGAUUCGGAGGUGGAUUUGGAGGACGAUAUGGAAAGUAAGCGCUUCGACGACCUUUCACCUCCAGGAGGAAUGUAUAUUGAAAAGUGUAUUCCUAUUUUUUAUAUUAAAGUGUAAAUUCAA